GUCAUCAUGAAGUUUCUGAUUCUCGCUCUCUUCGUUGUCGGCGCCUAUGGGUGUGGCCUGCCCACCUUCCCCCCUGUGGUGACCAGAGUGGUGGGAGGAGACGAUGUCAGACCCAACAGCUGGCCCUGGCAGGUGUCUCUGCAGUACAAGAGUGGCAGCAGCUUCUACCACACCUGUGGCGGAACUCUCAUCUCUGACUCCUGGGUGCUGACCGCUGCCCACUGCAUUGGAAGCCGUACCUACCAGGUGUAUCUGGGAAAGCACAACCUGAAGAACAGCGAGGAGGGAUCUAUCGCCAUCACCCCCGCCAAGAUCAUCGUGCACCCCCAGUGGGACUCCUACAGGAUCCGUAAUGACAUCGCCCUGAUCAAGCUUCAGACUCCCGUCACCUUCUCUGAUUCCAUCAUGGCCGCCUGCCUGCCCGACGCCGGAUACGUUCUGCCCCACAAUGCACCCUGCUACGUCACUGGCUGGGGACGCCUCUGGACCGGAGGUCCCAUUGCUGAUAUCCUGCAGCAGGCUCUGUUGCCCGUGGUUGACCACGACACCUGCUCGAAGGGAGACUGGUGGGGCAGCCUGGUCACCAGCAGCAUGACCUGCGCGGGAGGAGACGGAGAGCUCGCCAGCUGCAACGGUGACUCGGGCGGUCCCCUUAACUGCCAGGGCGAUGACGGUGCCUGGGAGGUUCACGGCGUGGUGAGCUUCGGCAGCUCCAUGGGCUGCAACUACUACAAGAAGCCCUCCGUCUUCACCAGAGUCAGCGCAUACAGCAGCUGGAUCAGCCAGAGCAUGGCCUCCAACUAGAGAGGGAAUCUCCUUCAUCUGACGACUCAAGACCACACUAACACCAGUAGUGUCUUAGUCAUGUGACAUCAACACCAGCAGUGUCACCAGUAGUGUCUUAGUCCUUUAGUCUGUUAGUCUUUAGAUACCCAUGAAUAAAUAAAUUCAAGAAAAUAAA